CUCCGGUUACCCGGGAAGCCGUCGUACCUCAUGGAGGGCUGGGCUAGGAGCUCGCUAUGGGGGGCAAGGAGGCUGUGGGCUCCCCACGCCCACAUGACGCGAAGCCGGGUGAUUUGUGGGCGCCCCUUGAAUCUCUGGGAGUCAUCGGGUAAUCACAGAAGUCAACAUCAGAUAUUUCAAGAAUCCUUUUCUAUUAAGGUUCAGUUAAACUAUGGUGAACUUGUAAAUUUGACUAAAGUAAGAAGCAAAAUAAAAUUUACAGGUCAACCAUAUAGCACUUGGCAAACAGUAGACCCAGAAGAACUUAGAAGAUUCCAAAGGCUGGCACACAAGUGGUGGAAUGAGGAUGGAGAAUAUGCAGCCUUGCAUUCUAUGAAUGAUAUUAGAGUUCCUUUUAUUAGAGAUACUAUAUUGAAUCUGAGAAACGACCAUGAGCUAGGAAGCCCACUCUUUAGCAUGAAGAUCCUAGAUGUUGGCUGCGGUGGUGGACUACUUACUGAGCCCUUAGCUAGACUGGGAGCUUCAGUUACUGGAAUAGAUCCUUUGGAAGACAACAUCCGGACAGCAGAACUGCAUAAAUCAUAUGAUCCAGCCCUUACCAAAAGAAUUCAGUACAGAGCCUGUACACUAGAGGAUAUUGUGGAAGAGGGAUCAGAAAAAUUUGACAUAAUUGUUGCUUCUGAAGUAGUAGAACAUGUGGCUGAUGUUGAAAAGUUCAUCAAAUGCUUUGGCAAAGUAUUAAAACCUGAAGGUUCCCUCUUUAUUACUACACUGAACAAAACUCAGCUUUCCUAUGUUUUUGGCAUUAUCGUUGCUGAGAAAUUACUGGGAAUUGUUCCAGCAGGCACUCAUGACUGGGAGAAAUUCAUAUCACCUGAAGAGUUAGAGCGUCUUCUGGAAUCAAAUGGUUUUUCAGUUAAGGUGGUCAAAGGCAUGUUAUACAACCCCCUUUUUGGAUCCUGGAGUUGGAUUGGAAACACUAGCAUUAACUAUGCACUCCAUGCAAUUAAAUCAAGCCUGCAAGAACAACUGGAUUUGAAGGAAGCCUCCAUAGAGCAUCAACAAGCAGAAGCUAACAUCGGAACUGCUAGCUAAGACGAAGUCCAUAGUUGCUACAGAAGCACGGAAGAAGAUGUGAUAAAUAGCUGUAAUAAAUCAGUAAGGGGCAAGCAACCUUGUUUUCAAAGUGUUGGCUAAAGGAUUUGCUGCCAUCUCAGCAUACAUGGUAGAGGAAUUAUUGUUCAUAGUAUCAGAUAUUUAUGGAUAAACAUUCUGUGCAACUUGCUGGAAGUCUGAAAUAGUUGUCAGAAUGAUUGCUUUUAAAACUUUAAAAUUAUUGGCUUUUAUUGCCAUUUGUACAAUCAUUACUCAAAUUCAACAGGUGGCCUAUUUUUAAAUGUAAAAUCAUAUACAUCGCUAACUUGUUUUUUUCCCCCAAGGUUCACUUCAUCUGAGCAUAAUGUUACAGCUCUAAAGAGAGUGAGGCCAAAUUCUAUGUAAAGACCAAUUCUGGGGGCCUAGAAUUCAUAAUUGGAAGUUCCAAGUUACCCAUUUAUUCAGCUACUAUAGGAU